AUGAUAGUCGGUGCCGCUCCAGUCGUCGCCACUCCAAUGGUUCAACCGGUUAUGGUGGCACAACCAGUGGUGCAACAACCACCCACCACAGUCGUCGUUUCGAAUAACGGACAAAAGAAUGAUGACUACACGAGAGUAUUCCUACUGACAAGCGAUACGAACGGUGGCGAACUCGCGUUGAAGCGGCAGCGGCUCUUCUGGAACGAACUUCUGGGCGAUUGGAGCAUUGUCCUCAGCGUACAAUGGGAGCUGAAAGAGACAAAGGAUAAAAACGAACAAGGUUACGAGCGGGAUCUUCUGCCGACGGGCGAACGAGAACGACUGCCUCCACGACGGAAUCUGCUUGGACCCAAUGGUGCAUUGUUGGCACCAGAACCACGUCCUCCCAUUGGACUAGCGGAUCUCGCUGGAGCCGGGCUGGCUCUUCUCGGUGACGAGCGUCUCCUCGGACCACUUCUGCUUCGAUCACGACGAGGUGGCGAUGGAGAUGGACGACCUCCACCGCGAUCCUCACGAGCUCCGCAUGGUGGAGAGCCGACACGGCGGAUUGGAGAUCGAGAACGCCCGCCGCGAACCCGACCGUUUUCACGACGACCUGGAGAGCGGGAACGUGAACGUGAUGACGAGGACGAGCUUGAAGAGAGGGAGCCUGAUGAGCUGUUUCUGAAAUCGUUAGAAAAAUUGUGA